GCGGGCGGCGCUUGGUUUUCCCGGAUAUUUCGCAAUGUUGUAUUGCGUGGCGUCGCGUCUGGAAAAUACAACAACGAUCGUGUGGUCGAUCAACAGUCAUUGUCGUUCACGUAUAAAAGAUGCGCUAACCGUAGUUUCGGCCACCCAUUCUGACUGUGAGAUCGUUACACAUGUAGGCUUGUCAACCACCUUCCUUUAGCUUUUUCUCCCGAGCCUGUUUGGUCGAACUGAAAAAAAAAUGAGUGACGCGGUCCUGGUAGCAAGAAGAGGUAGCGAUGGCUACGUGGAAAAUCAUCCCCACCCAACCAACCAUCCAUACACCAACCCUACCUCCAAGCAUCGUCCCUAUUAUCAGUCGGCGCUAGACAGCGACAGGAAUCAGGAGUGGAGGCCAGGGGACGAGACGUAUCAUCAGGGGAGCCUGGAAAGGCCCACGCCCGCCCCGGGACCCGGGAGUGGGGCUCGUGGCUCCCUUGUUGGUGGGGUGAACGGUGGUGGUGGUUGGGAGUUGGCUGGGGUUGAUGGAAGGGGCGUGGCAUCAAAAGAGAGGGCGGAUGAUCAGUCUGCAAAAUGGGAUGGUUUAGCGGCAGAUGGCGUUUGUGGAGCUGGUAGGAAAAUACAACUUCUCGAACCAAAUUCUGAGUCUGUUAUAAAGGGAGAUAUGCAAAAAGUUCCUGUCAAGCAAAAAGACUUUUUGAAGGUUGUUGGCCGGGUUCAUAGACAUUUAUCGGAUGGCUCAACCUCAACAUGCUCAUCAUCAGAUUCUGAUUCAGAGGUAAAGGAGCUGUAUAAAGAGAACGCCAGUCUACGUCUCCGUGUUAGAGCCAUUGAAACCAUCAAUGGAGCAUUUGAGAAAACCAAGAAAGAACUAGAGACAGAAAAAGCCAAAAAUGCAAAGUUGGACAUAGCUGUUACAAAUUUACAGGCCCGGCUUUACAAAUUUGGUUGUGAUUCGUCAGUCGACCUGCCCAAAGAUGACAUUUUCAUUCCCGGUCGCGACCGCGCUUUUGUCAAUAGCUUGAUCAGCGAGAAUGGGAAAUUGCUGAAAGAGUUGAACGAGUUGAAGAAAAGUGGUGAAGUAGAUGAGGCAACAAAAGAUCUACAGCAACAAUUACGUGAGGCAAAGGAGCAGCUCAGAAUCGGAGAACUUAAAAUCCUAGACCUAGAAGCCUUAGUCAGGUCCUCCGAGGAUGUCAAAACAGCCAAGAUUGUGCAUCUUGAAGAUACCUGCCAGCGCAGCCAUAAGGAGCUCCAAGACGUCGAGGAGAUGUGCAGGGUGCUCACGUCAGAGACCAAGAAACUCCAAGCCGAGUUGGCUGCAUCGCAACUCCAACUGGAAAGCAGCUGUAAGGAGCUCGCCGACUGGAAAGAAAAGGCUCAGAAUCUGGACACCAAAGUCUUGAAUGUGUCUUUGCAGAAGAUGGCCUUUCACAAAGAGAGCAACCUGAGCGUGGCUGACCAACUCAAGAUAGCCGAAGGUCAGGUAGAGCAACUGGAGAAGGAGAGCUCUCGUCUGACUGACCAACUCCGCGAGGUGAUCGGCAUGAACACGCGAUGGCAGCGCUACAACGAGCAGCGCGAGACCCACGUCCUGAAACUGACCAAGACCAACCAGCACCAGCAGUCCAAGAUCACCGUCCUCGAGCAGCAGAAGCGAGACUUGGAGCAGACCAUCAACGGUCUCAACGUCAUGCUGCAGAAGCUAAAGGAGGAGCAACGUAAGAACACCGAUGCGGCCAUCUUGGCUCUCGAGCACCAGGUCUCGCGGCGGGAGGAUCGCAUCUCUGAGAUGGCUGAGGAGUUGUCGGCACUCAAGAUGUACCUGCAGAGCAAUGAGGAUGCAACAGAGACAAGACAGAGACCGGAGGACCGGGAAAGGAUCCAGAUACUUGAACAACAGUUAAAAGCUUACAAGGACGAUUUUCAGCAGGAGCGAAGGGACAGAGAACGUGUACAGUCCAACAACGAAGUCCUGAAGCACAGACUACAGGACGCUACAAGAAAGAUUGCAGGCUUUGAACAACAAAACGCUCGCGUGACACCAAAUUUCACAACAAAUAUUGCUGGUUACCAGCCACAACGGAGGUUAAUUGCCCGGGGUAUUUCAAGACCCAGCUAUGCUUCUGAUGAGGAAGCUUAUCGCGUAUCGGACCUUGAAAUCGAUGCUCAUGAUGAGACUGACGGCCCCAGUUCAAGCACAGAACCGCUGCAGUGCCCACGCUGUGCGCAGGAGUUCACUGUGGAAAAUCACUCCAUAUUCAUGAGGCAUGUUGGAGUCUGCCUAGACCAGUAGCGAUGAUGUCGAUGGCCACAUUCGUAAAGUAUUCUUUACACUUAAUAAACGGCAAAGAUAAAAACUGAAAUGUUGAUCGUUUCAGAUUUUGGACAACAUCGUCUUUCUUUUUGGGAGUUGCAUAAAACAAUCAGAACUGCUUGAAUUUGAAAAAAUGAGACAUCUUCUAUGUUUGAGAUAACGUUUGCAGGAAUUUUUGUUUUACAUACGUGGUUUAAGAGGCAGAAAUUUUAUGCCCUAAAAAGAAGUCAAAAUUCAUUUAAUGUGAAAGAUUACCUGCAAAGGACCAAAAAAAAAAAACACCUUUAAAAAAGAAGAAAGAAACAUGUUAAUCUAAUUUUGAAAGACAGUUGUCCAAAGUUUCAUUUGUUGGAUUUGAUUCACGAAAAAUUUUAAAAGAAAACUGGUGUCGUAAUGCAAAGAGAACAACUCUUGCAUUGAAUCCAGAUUAAUAAGAAACUUCAUUUAUUUGGCUUAUGUUGGAGAAUUUUAUGGAAAGCCCAUUUUGAAACAAAAUUUUUUGGCGACCAUUCCUAAAAAAAAAUGAAAAAGAUAAGAGCCAGUUUAUAUAAGCGGUAAAGAAUACUUAACGACUGUGGCCGUUUAGGGGGUUAUUAUUUUGCCUUUUUUUUUAUUGGCAAUAUUUUAUUAAAAAACUGCUUUUUGAGGGAUUUAUUAGACAUGUUUAUUAGAGUGGUGGUUUGUAGAACUGACAUUUUCAGUUUUACAAAUUGGUCCACUCCUUUUGUAUUGCAAGUGUAAUAGAGUGAAAUUACAUUCUGUCACACUUGCAAGAUUAUAAGAUGCUGCAGGAGAAAAAUGAUGAAGACAUGUCCUUGAACUUAACAACACAGAAAGAAACAGAAAAGACUGCCUCUUACUAGUCUUAGAGAUGAAGACUGCAUGUGUCUUAAAACAGUGAGCAUUAGUCAGAUUUAUUUGGUCCGAUUUAAAAAGUAAAAUCAACUUGAAGUUUAAUCAGGACCUAGUUUACAUUUGCCAAAGAAAAAAAAAAGGAGUUUCUAUUUCCAUGUUUCUGUAGUUUAAGUUUAUGCCAAGAAAACGCUUUAUGCUUUAAACGGCAUUCAACUUGAAAUGACAAUUUUGUUCAUGGUUAUGAGUACAAGUUCGCAAGAGAGUUUUGAAUCUAACCUUAGUACAAUUUACCGUUUAUUUGACAUAUUUCAAGUUAAUGUAUUUCAUGAGAGAUUUAGAAUUGGAUUGAUAGAUUCACUUUUUUGUCCACUCCUAUCUUAGUUUGUUUUUUGGAGUUCUAUAUUUAUCACUCAUAUUAUCACUCAUAUUUUAUUGCAACUUGGCAAGCUUUUCCCUGCGCACCCGACGCACAGAGCUAUUGCUGAUUAAACCAAAGUUGAUUAUCGAGGAAAUAUUUCGCUCAAAAUAAAGAUGACUGUCUGCGCAGAAUUUCACAAAUUGUCAGUUCAAACAAAAAGUGGCCACACUUAACACAACCAACAGGCAUGAAAACUUCUCAUUAUAUCCCAAUUCACGUGUGCAAUUUAUAGAGUUGGUGAUGCCAAAAUCCAAAUGGUUUAUUUUUGUAUGGUUUUGAUAAUUAAGCACAAUGUACAGAUUACAAAAAGUUGUGUAUAAUGCGCUUUUUUGGCACCAUUUUUGCUGAUGCUGUCAAUACAAUCCGCGCCUGAAUGUAAGAAACAAACUUUGAGAAUGCUUGGUGGCGUGAUAGGGAAAAAGACUGUGUGGUUGCUUUAGAAAAAUAGACAAUCGCUGCUUACUUGUGGUGUGUGUGUAAAACUUAACAGCAUUUUGAAAAAAUAUUUAGUCAUCGUUUUACAUUAUAGAAUUCUUAAGUAGAAUAGUCACAAAAUAGAACAUAAAUGUGUAUGAUCUAUAAUAACAUGGAUUAUUGGGAAUUACAAAAUUACUCAGCUCAUUCUAAGUAUUCAGACUCAACUUUGUUAGAAAUAGUUCUUUUUUUCCCUCCGGUUUUGCUCCUUGGAAUUACAUGUAUUUAGCUUUGAAAAAUGUAUCAUGUACAAGUUAUAGUUUAUGUUAUCUUGAAGUUGGUUUUGAAUUGUUCUUCAACUCACUCAAAAUUGUAAUUGGCACUAUUGUUACAAAAUAACUAGAGUAAUUGUUCUUUUUUCAACAUAUUAGUUUACAUUUAUGCCAUAAAGGGAUGAUAUUAGCUAAAACAUUAUUUUAAAAAUGUGACAAUAAAGUAUUGUUAAAGAGUAAAUCAAAUCAAA